AAAAUAUGGCAACUGAAUGUUGAGACACUAUUCCCCUCUCAAACUUUUUGUUAUAAGAAAAGAUCAACCAAUAAACAUGAGGAUUUUCAUUAUCUGUGGCUGCAGUACCUGAAAAGAUAAAGUUAUUUGUCCCUUUUUUUGCAAAGGCUGAUGUCAAAUUUCUUUUAUUCUUUUAAUAUUUUUUUUCCUGUGGUAUAAAGCAUUUUGUGGCACUAUGACCUAACGAUCUAUGAAUAAAGGAAAAUGACAUUACAUAAAACCUACUAAACCUUUGGAAUAAUGAUCCUUACGCUCAAUAAAGAGCUCACGAUAACAAAAGAGAAGAUUAGCAAUACAGACACAAACAACACACUUAACAAUGCUUCACAUUUGAAAAUGUGCUGUUUGACAUCUGGUCACCUAGCAACAAGAACACAGUUUUGCCGCACUGAAACGUUUGUGAUGCUGCAAAUCGCCAAAACCCUAAAACACAACUAAUUUCUUUCUAAAUUUGAAAAACAAUUUGACAAGUUGGAUUUACAUUUUAGACAUGACUCUUGGUAAAAUGUAAAUCACUGCAGACUGUGGAGUCAGAGUCACUGUUAAAGCAGACAUGCACUCAGAAUUGAAAGUGUGAUGCUGUAAUGAAAUGAAACAUGAAGGAGGAGACUUUACUGAGAUAAAGGUGAUGGAUUUACAGCUACAAUGGGCUGAAGAUGCAGAUGCCCCCCCCCCCAAAAAAAAAGGAUUUUCUCUCUCACUAUAUGGAAAAAAAAAAAAACUUUGAACAUUCUAUUUCCCAAGUAUUAAGAUGUUGUGGCGUACUUUUACUGUACACAGUAUGUGUCUACCUUGAUUAAGGCCUAAAGUCAAAGUCCAAAAAUGGCAACUGGGAGUAAAAAAAAAGUAACAUUUUAAUAGCCGUUAGGUCAACUCACUGGAAGGCCAACAGAGAAAGAAAAAAACAAAAACAAAAAAAAAACUAACAGCCCUUGCAGCAAAAAUACAGACACCUAAGAUAUUGUCAAAAUAAUUAAAUAGGCAAUAAAAUUAAAAAAAAGUUUCAGAAAGUGCAAAAAAAAGUAGCUUUGUUGAACUUACACUCCGCUCCACCAAACUGUUCACCAAUUGACUGGACCACUGCAAUAACCCAUCUUCAGUUGAACAACCCAUUUCAGUCCACAUAACAAGCAGAAUUCACAAUCCUCUCCGGCUCAGAUCCACCAUCAGACAUCUCCAUCCCAUAAACAUAAUGCCGGAUACAAAAGAUGAAACAAUCCACCAGCACUCGGACACCGUAUUGAACUUUGCUGUUUUAAACAUUCGUUCUCUUUUAAACAAAUCUUUUAUUGUUAAUGAACUAAUUUUAGAUAACAACAUUGAUUGUCUUUUUUUAACUGAAACCUGGCUUGGUACUGAUGCUCCUGUUAUUCUCACGGAGGCUUCCCCACCAAAUUUUAACUUUUUAUUUUCUACCAGGGGAGGUAAAAAAGGCGGUGGUACUGCAUCGAUUGCUCGUGGUUCAUCGGUAACUAAAACAGUCACGUCAAAUAGUUACUCCACAUUUGAGCAUCAUGCAUUUUCUUUCAGCAGCCCGCCUAUUUUAUGUGUAACUGUCUACAGACCACCAAAACCCCCCUCCACUUUUAUUCAGGAAUUCUCUGAAUUUUUAUCAUUUAUACAUUCCAAAUAUAAAAGAAUUUUAUUGACUGGUGAUUUUAAUUUACAUGUUGACACUGAUGGUGAUGUUGUUGCAAAUGAAUUUCUUAACCUUUUACAUUGUAUGGAUUUUAAACAGCAUGUUGCACAGCCCACUCACAACAGGGGGCACACUCUGGAUUUGGUCAUAACCCACGGCCUGUCCUGUAGUGUGUCCUCUGUUGUUGAUGUGGGUUUGUCAGAUCACUAUUGUGUAUAUUUUAAUAUCACCAGUUUUAUGCAACGGGAAGCUCCAGUAAGAACUGUGAGGAAACGAUAUAUAACUCCUGAUGUGGCUGCAAAUUUUAUCAACAUUUUAGAUCAAACUCCUGCUCAGAUUUUACCUGCUUCAUGUGAUUUUAUGGUUGAGUAUUUUAACAACAAACUAAAGUUUGCAAUUGACGCUGUAGCUCCGUUAAAAACAAAAAUAGUGAAGACUAAAGCUACAGCACCCUGGAUAAAUGAAGACAUCAGAGCCAUGAAACGUGAAGCCAGGAGAGCAGAGAGGAAGUGGAGGAAAUCUAAACUAACUGUUCAUCGACAAAUGUUUAAAGAACAACAAAGGAUGUACAGUUAUGCAAUUAAAAAAGCUAGAAACCUCCACUUCUCAAACUUAAUAUUACAAAAUAAAAAUGACCCGAAAUUUCUCUUUAAAACUAUAGACACGUUGACCAAAGGAGAU